GCACCCAGAACACAGCUGCAGCAGGGUACAGCUAAACAGAUACGGAAAUGAGCUCCCCAAUAAAAGAUCCUCCGCCCUACAUCAUACCAGACGCCAUAGGAGACAAUGUGAAGGUGUACAAGGUGCACACGCCGUUUGACCCAGCGUCCGCUCCCACCAGGUCAGAAUACAGAGUGCCGGCCCAAAGCACGACAGUUCAGACGACGUCCACGACCCCUGAGAGGAACAGGUACGUGAAUUAUGAAUCGGACCUGGGACGCUCUCCUAGCAUGACCACGUGCACCUACUGCAGGGAGCAAGUCCUCACACAAGUCACCUAUAAAGUGGGAACCUACGCAUGGCUCAUGUGCCUCCUCUUCAUCUUGUGCGGGUUCGUGCUUGGCUGCUGCCUCCUGCCUUUCUUCCUCAAAUUCUUCAAGGACGUCUACCACUCCUGCCCCAAGUGUCAACGUGUUCUGCACGUGGAGAAGAAAAGAUGCUGCUGACCCCGGCUAAACCCGGCUACAGUUAAUGCUUACAACAUAGCUGCAGAAAAAGAAACAUGAAAAAGAAAAAAACACACACACAACACACCUACCACCAUCACCAUCUGGUCGACAUGAUCAUGUAUGAACAUGAGAUUAGCUGAUGGACCAUUCGGCAGAUAAAAAAAAAAAACAAAAAAAAAAAACUAUCAAUGUAUUAGUAUUAUGAUUAUGAUAAUUUGCUUCUGCAAUACACAACCAUCGCUUCAGACAUUUAGGAUGUUUUGAUUCACAUGAUCAGCGUUUUCUAAUCCGAAGUUCCAUGAGUCCAUGUUUUUUGCUCUGUUGUCAGUCCUGCAAUUUUUCUUGUUUUGGUUGGUUCAAGUGCGUUUGUUUCU